CAGAAGCAAACCCAAAAUACAUUGAGAAAAUCGCAUGAUAAUGAAUCCGACUCAUUAUUAGCGUGAAAUAGCGAUAAGAGAUCCAAAGCCGUCAAUAAUCAGAGGAGGAGCGAUUUGGCAGUCUGGUCUGCUUCUUAUGAAGAAGAGGCAGAGAGGCUAUUCCAAGAAAGAAAGAAUAUAAGAAGAAGAAGACGAGCAGAGGAUUCGGUUCCCUCUCUCUGUUCCGAAGCCAUUGAAACGCUUCGGCUGAUUCCCAACUGCUGCUCGGGUUCCGCUACUUUUACUUGCAAAAAGUUCACUUUUUGGAGCUCUUUACUCCGCCCCUUCUCUCCUCUGUUAUAAAACGAAGCAUUUCGAGCAAAAAGAAGAAAGCUGUAUUUUUGGUGUUGAUCAUGGCUGGAAUAGCGGACGAGAUAUCUUCUUCAGCAAACUUCAUGUCAAUGUCCCCAACCUCCCUAAGCUCCCCGUACAAUCCAUGGCUUCGUGAUCUCAAAUCCGACGAGCGAGGUCUCUUACUCAUCCACCUCCUUCUCAACUGCGCCACUCAUGUCGCCGCCGGAAAUAUGGACCAAGCCAACGCCUUUCUAGAAAAAAUCUCAUUUUUCGCCUCCCCUGAUGGCGAUACUAUGCAGCGCAUCGCUUCUUACUUCACCGAAGCUCUCGCUCGCCGUCUCCUCCGAUCCUUCCCCGGCGUCUACCGCGCUCUUAACCCCGAACUCUCUGACUCCUCCUUCGCUUCUAGAUUCCAUGCCCGCUGCCUCUUCCUUAACCUCUUCCCCUUCCUCCGCCUCUCUUAUCUUGUCUCCAACCAAGCUAUUCUAGAAACCAUGGACGGCGAGAAGGUCGUACACGUCGUCGACCUCAGUGGCUCUGACCCAAACCAGUGGAUCGCUCUGCUUCAAUCUCUCGCAGCAAGGAAAGAUGGCCCUCCGCACCUCCGAAUCACGGCCGUCGGCGAGAGCAGUGAGUUCCUCAGCCACAUGGCUUCUAUCCUGUCAAAUGAAGCAGAGAAGCUCGACAUACCGUUUCAAUUUCACGCAGUUAUUUCCCGGCUGGAAGCACUAGACGUCAAAAGCCUCCGUGUGAAGACCGGCGAGGCUCUGGCAAUCACCUCCCUCCUCCAGCUCCACCCUCUCCUCGCCGCCGCCGACGACUCUGCGACCCAAAGGAGGCAUCUUUCCUCCAAAAUAGAUAGCUUUAUGAGCUCUCUGUGGAGUCUUUCUCCCAAAAUCAUGUUAAUUACGGAGCAAGAAUCGAACCAUAAUGGCUCGAGUUUGAAAGAGAGGUUCAUGGAGGCUUUGUACUAUUAUGCGGCCAUGUUUGAUUGCUUGGAGUCGACUGUGCCGAGGCAGUCGGCGGAGCGGGCGAGGGUGGAGAAGUUGCUUUUUGGGGAGGAGAUUAAGAACAUCAUAGCUUGUGAGGGGUUGGAGAGGAAGGAGAGACAUGAGAAGCUUGAGAGGUGGAUGAAGAGGCUGGAAAUGGCUGGUUUCUGGAGAGUUGGUUUGAGUUACGUUGGUCUGAUUCAGGCGAGAAGGAUGCUUCAGAGAGUUGGUUUUGAUGGGUAUCAAGUCAAAGAGGAGAAUGGAAACUUCUUCCUCUGCUGGCAGGAAAGGGCAUUGUUUUCUGUUUCUGCUUGGAGUUUCAGGAGGUGUGAUUGAAUUCCGAUUCUCUGCCGAUACUUGUUUUAAUGAUGAUGAUCAUGGUUUCCUGGGUAUAAUCAACUGACAUCUUUGUGUAAUUUACACUUGUGUGAUAUAAUUAAUAUGCACAGUACUAUGGAAAGUGGAUUUGGGAAAUUAAUGCCUUAUAGAAUUGAAGGUGUCUUAUUGUUUGGAGCUUUGUGGAAUGUUAAGUUCUUUUUCAGUGUUUUCA